AUGCCCACGAGGUGCAUGGAAACCUCCACGUCGACAGGAACGUGCGACCUUGGCGUGAUGUGCUGUGGCGGAACCGGGCCUGCUACAGCGUGCUUCACGUUCUAUUCGGCCCUGGACACCAGCACCUUUACCCUCUUCUACUGCAGCAGCGUCGGCGGGAUCGGCACUCUGAUGGCCGAUUCGACAACGGCGGCUGGGUCCGGGCCUGUGGCGAGGCAAUCCACGGACACCACAGUAAUGGCUUCGUCUCCGGGCGCAAGCACAACCCCAGCCGAAACGAUUCUCUUGACGGGGGCGGACAGGGCCACGACGAGUGUCGCUGUUGUCACCAAGACAAAACUCAUCGUACCGGGACCAACGUCCGAUACCGCCGAAAGCAACGAGGCAUCCCCUAUCGGGGCGGUCGUCGGAAGCGUCGUCGGGGCGGUCGCCGUUCUGGGUAUGAUACUGGGCGCCGCGCUGUUCAUCUGGGCCCGGUCGAGGAGGAAGAGGAAGAAGCGGGAGGAGGCGUCGCCGGGCCAGGCGGACACCAUCAGAUCGGUGACGGGGCCGGAUGGCAUCAUCGUGGUUCCGUAUGGCUCGGGCACGGCACCCACGUCCGCGCCGCCCAAGUACACUGGACGAGUGUCCAGGUGGUCGGCGGAUACUAUGGUGCCGACAGAUAAGUGGAAGAUGCCCAAGAGGCCUGCGAGAAGCCCGGAGAAGAAGAUGAAUGUGACCGAAGGCGGCUGGCUGUAG